AGGGUAUUUUUUUGCCAUUAGGUCAUGCAGCAGCGUUGGCUUGAUUAUGUCUUAGUAUAAAACAUUACAUCAGUUGAAGAUGACAUGAAAGGAGCCAAAGAAGCCAGUGUGAGAAGCAAACCAAAACCUGUACAUCCUGUCACUCUUUGAUUGAUAAAGCUGCUUUAGAAGGCCUUGGCAGACAUUGAAAGAUAAGAGAUUAGAGGAGCUUGGAGCAUCCUUGUUGCAAAAGAGAUCAAGUACUAAAAGUGGUGAGCAUGGUUAAAAUAGGAAGGAAUUAGGAGGUGGUCUAUAAAAGGAUCACACCCUCCACAGGCUCAGCAUGGCACCACAUGGAGCUGUGUUCAGACACAGGAGGGGUUUGGUGUUAUCCUCUGAGGGGCCUCUGGGCAUGGAAUUCCAGAGAAUUUUGCUGCCAGUCUUUUACCAACCUGUGGUAUUUUGCUUAAAUUUCACACCAAUUUCUCGGUGGAUUUGUUUUGUAUUGUUUUGUUCUGUUUUCCUUCUUUAUUUGUUAGUUCCCCUGGUAGUCCUUGGAAUUCUCACUGGGAUCAUCAUGAGAUGGAAAGACAAUAAAACCCACUCUUUCAAUAUGCAUUUACGAAAGCAGGAGACAAAUGGAAGGGAUCCACGGAUGCACCCAAAGAUAACAGCUGAUGGGAAGCAGCCUGUGCCAUGGCAUUCCUAUUUUUGCCACACGACGGGUUGCCACGUGUGUCCCACGUGCGAGGAGCGGCUGCACGCUGCCCCGUCCCCCCGCAGCGAGCCUGCGCACCACGGCUGUGCCGCCUGCCAGCACUGGCUGAGCUCCCAGCCCGCAGCACCGCGAAUGUACUCGGUCACCAGCAUCGGCGAUGGGGAGAGCCAGAGCCCGGCAGGCACGAGCUCUCCUGCCAAAGCUGCGGAUGUGUGGAGAGGUGGCAGCACAGGAGAAGCUGUUCCAGAGCACAGCAAGGCAGAGCAGCCCAUAGACCAUGAAAGCAGCCACCAUGUCUGUCCCAUCUGUGAGAGCUGGAUGCGCGCCCACCUUGGCCAGUGUGAUAACGACCCCCUAGUGCCUGCGGAGCAGCCCCGACAGCAGGAUGAGGGCCCACAGGGUCCCAUCUGCCCGCCCUGCGCCGACCGGCUGCACCUCUCCCUUGUGCACAGCGACACUUGGAGCUGCUCCGUGUGUCCCCUGGCCAGAGAGGGGACCCUGGCUCACCUCGUCCCCCCCGGCACCCCCAGCUGCCACGGCUGCCCCAUCUGCGCAGCACCCACCCAUGCGCACUUCUGCCAGGCACCCCACGGGUAAUUGCUGGUGGCUGUAGCACCCUGAGCGGCACAAAGCUGGCUGGAGGGAGGGGAGAGUUGCUACACUAACUCCUGACACUGUCAGGAUGAAGUUCUAAGUGCAGUAAAGGUGACCUGAAGUCAAGUGUGUGACUUCACCAUGAAGAAUUCCUUUGUGGAGAAGCAGGAAAAUCAAACAUCCUGACGAAUCCAGUGCCAUGUUGGUUUAGUAACUACUUUUUUGUUUGCUUUAGUAUGGAAAAAAACCCCUAUUUUUACAGCUUUUAAAAUAAGGCUUGAAAAAUCCAGUUUCUUUCCACUAGGAAAAUAAUUUCAUAGCAAACACUCUCAUUACACAAUCUUGCAAGAUUUCAUUGUAUUUUUUAACCAGUUUUUUACUGAUUUUUCUUCACUAGUGUGCAGAUACGAGUGUGAAAUGGCUGUAUUUACAGUAAAACUGUUCUGUAAAUAAAGGAAUAUCUAUAAUGUUUUAUAUCUAAUAUAAAAGAAGCAAUACUGGUAUCCUGAGGGUUGGGGUUUUUUCCAUAUUGACUAAUCAAACCUUCUCACAGAGCGCUUUAAAGGCUUUUGCAGUCUCAUUCUUUGCCAGAUGGAAUCAGGUAAUUGCUGCUGUUGUGGUGCAGUGUUGUCCUAGUGCCUGGCCCUUCCUAGGAACAAGGCGUUGCUGCUGGAGCAGGGCCUGUUUCCAGCCUUAUAUUGGGCAAUGUCAGGGAAGGGGAGUGCUCCUCUCCGGGUACUACCUUCCCUCAUCCCACCCGGAGUAUUCCCACACCCAAAACACCAGGCGGAAGCUCCAGUGACGGGCUCAAGGAUUAAACUAUCUGCUCGUU